CGUCAUUCAAAUGCGUCCACGAAGAUUUACAGCUCAACCCCGCCACGUGGCCCAACAACAUAAGAACCUGGACCGGGCCCCACUCGAGAAUUAUACAGGUAUAUAAAGAUCCGGCCCAUCAACUUCACCCCUAUCCACAUUCCUCCCCACUUUCUUCUCGUUACUUCCUAAUCUGAAAGACUCAGACUUAAUAGACAAGAAAUACUCAUAUGAACAAAUAAUAAAUUAAUUAAUAAAUAAUUAAACGAUACAUUUACUCAGAUCCAUUUGAUUUUUUUUUAAUUAUCCCGGGGAGAAGUGUAUUCGAAUUCGUUCUUGGUUGAGGAGGUCGUUUAAACGGAUAUUAAGCCCUAAUUUCAAUUCUGUUAUACUUUUAGGGGAGAAGUUUUGGGAGGUUAGUUAUUGGAUUGAGUAGAGGUUUUAUUUAUUUUUUUCCUCGUUAUUAAAUUGCGUGAAGCAAUUGAAAUUCAUGCGUGUAUUUUUUUUCCCGCUGAAUAUUAUUUCAGAAGUUUCUUUUUGGGUAAUUGUUGAGAGAACAAUUGGGGUAUCUGAGUGCUGAAUUUUUUUUUGGGGUUGAGUUCUUUCUGUUUUUCAUAUCUGAAUGUUGUGGUGUAGAAUUGGAGUCAUAUGGCUUAUUAUUGAACGUGUAUGUGAGUAGGGGUUUAUUGGGAUGGGAGAAAGCAAUUGUGUAGUUUCGGUGGCUGUUUUGGACGAGGGUAUCGAUGUGAUGGAAAUCGACAGUCAAUUGAAGAUUGAAUCGGAAAUUGGUCGGCAUUUUACUGGCGUUAGUGAUGAAGCGAAUUCAUGCAACGAUGGAGUAGAAGUUUAUAACGGUUCUGCAGUAGGCAUUGUGGUGCAGGAAAAUGACGUGGCCGUGGAGAACAUCGAGUUAGACUGUUCUGCUGAAUGUCAGACGAAGGAAGUUUCGAAUGACGCAGAAUUAAACCCUACCGAAUCAAAUCCUUGCACUGAUAUUCAAUUGAAGGAAGUUCCAAACUCUGCUGAGUCAGAAGCUUGCGUUUGGUCUCAUUCAAAGGAAGUUUCGAGAAGUACAGAGCUAGAGGUUGUUGCGGAAAGUCAGGAAAUCAGAAGUGUGGAUGAACAUUGUAUGGAAAAGUUACCGAAUCAUCCACCAAAUGAUGCCAACUUAGAACCUGGGAAAGUAAUGAAUGACAGUGAAAUAGAACCGUGUGCUCGGAAUAAUGGCAACUUGGAGCUAAUUGAUGGUGGAAACGAGGUGCAAGAUGAAUACGGGAGGGAGCUUUGUCCUACGAAUAAAGCCAAAGAAGCUUCCAAUGAUGAUAUAUAUUCUGAAGUUUCGAAUCCAAAUCAGUCCCCAAAGCAUGCUACUUCCAGUUUGACAAUUAGCAGUCAAAUACUAGAUGUGGUGGGCAAUGAUCCUUGUGGUUAUGGAGAUACUACGUCAGUUUGUUCUCGAAAUUCAGUGAUCGAUCCAAGUUUCCACGAAGCAGAGCAUAAUAGAAAUCAGAAAAUGGAACCAGUAUCCACAACAUCUGUUGUGCUUGAAAUUCCCAAGCAUGUUAGCACCACGGGUAUUAGGAAGAUUACAUUUAAGUUUACUAAAUGUAAGACGGAUUAUGAUAGCGGAAGAUCUGUUAUUAAGCCCGAAACUGCUGAUGAUUUUCAAGGGGAUUAUUACGAUAACAACUUGUCUGUUUCUGAUUGUCAACCUUUAACUAACAACAGCUUUCAGAAUCAUGAUCAAGAAAUGAAUCUAAGAAUAGAUGGGAGCGAGUUUCAUUGCACGAGCAGUCCUUUGUCGCACAUUCCAGACAGGGAAGUAACGAUGUCUAACAAGAUAAUUCCUGGUAAUUAUCCUACAAAUGUUAAAAAGCUUUUAUCUACUAGAAUUUUGGAAGGAGCCAGAGUGAACUACAUUUCAAUAUCUGGAUUGGUAGAGCUUCCAGGAAUCAUCAGAGACUUUGGUUACUUGUGUGGUUGUUCCGCUUGCAACUUUUGUAGAGUGGUUAGUGCCUAUGAGUUCGAACUCCAUGCUGGUGCCAAGACUAGGCAUCCAAACAAUCAUAUAUAUUUGGAGAAUGGGAAACCUAUUUAUAGCAUAAUUCAAGAACUGAAGACUACGCCCCUCAGCACACUAGAUGACGUAAUAAAAGCUUUGGCUGGUUCUUCAGUGAAUGAGGAGUAUUUCAAAGUCUGGAAAGCAAGUCUCCAAUCUGGCAAUGAUGUAGCUUAUGCAGAUAGUGUUUACCGAAGCGAUCAUUUUGGCAUGUAUUAUUCCACCUCCAGUUAUCCUUAUCAGCCCGAGGAAGAUAGUCUUUAUCCUGUUUCAUGUCAUUAUUCUCAGACUCCCUUCAAUCAGCAAGCCUAUGUGGAAGCACCAGUUGAGCGGAAGCGUCUGACCAAGAAGCCAAGACACCAUGUUUCUAGCUCAUUUGGGGAUAAAAAUAAAUCAUCUGAAGGUGGCACCAAAAAAAGGGACAAUGAUUUACACAAAUUACUGUUCUUGCCAAAUGGACUGCCUGAUGGGACCGACUUGGCUUAUUAUUCCAAAGGAAAGAGGAUUCUUGGCGGUUACAAGCAUGGGAAUGGAAUACUCUGUACUUGUUGUCACAUGGAGAUUAGUCCUUCCCAGUUUGAGUCUCAUGCUGGAUGGGCAGCAAAACGACAACCCUAUCGUAAUAUUUAUACAUCCAAUGGCUUGACACUUCAUGACAUAGCCUUGAUGUUGGCAAGCGGUCAAAAUCUUGCCACCAGUGGCAGUGAUGAUAUGUGUGCUGUAUGUGGAGUUGGAGGGGAACUUAUUUUGUGUAAUGGAUGUCCUCAAGCCUUUCACGCGGCUUGCUUAGGUUUGGAGUGUCUUCCUCCAGAUGAUUGGUACUGUUCGUGCUGCAAAGACAAAGUUGGUUCUGGUAGGAAAGUUUCUGGGGAGACGAGGCCUAUUAUGGUUAGGCUGACAAGAGUUGUUAAAGCACCAGAACUCGAGCCUGGCGGUUGUGUCUUCUGCAGGUCACAGGACUUCAGUGCUGCUGAAUUUGAUGAUCGGACUGUGAUACUUUGUGAUCAAUGCGAGAAGGAGUAUCAUGUUGGUUGUCUGCGUGAAUCUGGGAUGUGUGAUCUGAAAGAACUCCCCAAGGAAAAAUGGUUUUGUUGUCAUGAUUGCAAUAAGAUUUUUUCCGCUCUUCAAAACUUGACUUCAAGUGGACCUGAGGUAAUACCAGCUCCAGUGUCCGAUGCACUACAUAGGAAGCUUGCAGCAAUAGGACUGGAUGAAGAGUCCCACAAUGAGAUCCGGUGGCACAUUUUAAGUGGAAAAAGUCGAUUUCCUGAACAUUUGUUAUUACUCUCCCGAGCUGCAGCAAUCUUUCGUGAGUGUUUCGACCCUAUUGUUGCCAAAUCUGGUCGAGAUCUCAUCCCUGUAAUGGUGUAUGGAAGGAACAUAUCCGGGCAAGAAUUUAGUGGAAUGUAUUGUGUGGUUUUAAUUGUGAAAGACGUUGUUGUAUCUGCUGCCCUUCUCAGGAUUUUUGGUCAUGAGGUUGCUGAACUUCCUUUAGUUGCCACUUCUAGAGAAAAUCAAGGAAAAGGCUAUUUUCAAGCACUGUUCUCAUGCAUUGAGAGGCUUCUGUUAUCAAUGAAUGUGAAACAGCUGGUACUCCCUGCUGCUGAAGAUGCUGAACCCAUGUGGACAAAGAAGUUAGGCUUCAGAAAGACCAACAACGAGCAAAUGCUAAAGUAUACGAGGGAUAUGCAGUUGACGAUGUUCAAGGGUACUUCAUUGUUAGAAAAGGAGGUACAACAGUUAGCUGACUGAUCAUGAUGAGAUUUUACAGAACAAUUCGGUCUCAGUUUUUGCUGCAAGAUUGUCACCAAAUAGAGAGCUUCACUGUGUUGCCAUGUGCAUCUUUUAUCAGUGAUCAACGCCAAUAUGCAGUCCGGCGGAAAGAAAAAAAAAAAAGAGAGAGAUAUCGGAAUUGAAUAUCUUGGUGACGAAACAAAAACUCUGAUAUAGAGGAAAUGCUGGCAAGAAUAAAACCAUGGUCCGUUUUUCGUCAUUUUAUUACACGAAGGGCUUGAAUUGGAAUUUUGACACUGGUAAAUAUGGAUACGGGGUAUUUCGGUUUUGCCGGUUGAGUUUAGGCGGAUUCAUGGACACCACUUAAGAUCUUUUGCUAAUCACUUAUAAUUCGAUUAUGGACCUUAUAAUUAACUUAGUGAACGUUUUUUUUGUUUCUCUUCUAGUUCUUCAAUUAUAAAAUGUUUGGGAGUUUA